GAACCUCAACUUAACCUCAACUUGACCUCAACUUAACCUCAACUUAACCUCAACUGAACCUCAACUUAACCUCAACUUAACCCCAGCUUAACCUCAGCAUGCAUUUCAUGUGCAGGUGACUACUGCAAGAUGGCGGCCGCUUCAGAAGCCCCAGGCAGCGCAACUACUGAAGAGAUGAUAACUGAUUUUCAAACCCAUGACCGAUGGAAAAGUUUUGAAGACGUUUCGAGCUACAUAUCGAAACUGUCAAAGAACACUGUAGAAAGAACACUUAGCGAUAUCCAUGUCCCAGACAAAGAUGUUCUUAUUGACGAUCUCUUCAUGGUCGUUGGUCAAUGGGCGUUGAAGUUGCUCUGCUGCAACCAGCUUACCUUUACAGACGAUGAACUCCUGUGCUUGAAGCGUCAGUGUCGCGACAGAAUGAAGGCUCAUGGUGCCAGCGUCGGUGUAGACACCACAGUGUUCCUCAACGUUGUGCUCAGAGCGAAGAGAUCGGAGUGUGGGAGUAACAGAACUACCUACUCAUUCCCGCAUUGGUCACCACAAGCUAUAAUGGCCAUAUCCUACGUUGUAGGGCGAAUAAUCGACCCUGAUUCUACUCUUGCAAAUAUUUUGGAAGUUCCGCCAACAAACUUCAGGCUGCGGGAGGUGCUGCUGAACGUUGUGCCGGCCCUCAGCACCCGCAGCCCCUGCAGCUUCCUUCAACGCUGGGGGGAGCUGAAGGAGGCGUUGCGCCACGCUCGCGUCACCGCCGCCUAUGUGAGGGACUGCGUCUUGCGCUGCCGUCCCGACCACGCAGGGAAGGUGGCCGAACUCGCCGUCCUUGUGGUGAACGAGGUCUGGAGGGUCGAGAAAAGUGAGCAUCAAUCGAUUGAAUUGAAAUUGACGGGUGACAUUCACUUGUCCUGA